GUCACAGCGUGCAGCAUUGAAACCCGACGUACGGUGACGGAAGAGCGCGACGACGACCACCUGCCUGUGUGCUCCGCAAGUCGAUCUCUCUCCCUCUCUCUCUCUCUCUCUGUCUCUCUCUCUCCCUCUUUCUCUUUGUCUGUCCUGAGUGCUCCGUCUCGCUCGUAACCUCCCAGUGACGGUGAUAACGCGAAGGAUAUACGAGGAAUCGUCUGAUACGACGUUACCGGUUCCACUUCAGUCAGACGGAGGCGCGCCGACCCAGGGAAACUCGUUAGAAGAGGGAAAGCGCACACGCGAAACCGAUUAGUACUCUCAACUACCGUGGUCCCGUCACGUUCGCGCGUAACAUCGCCCGCUGAAGGCCCGAGAAUCAUUUCAAGUGUCUUCCGCAUCUUCGCAAAAAAGUGUCACGCUCGCAGCGCGAAUCCACCAGUCACGUCUAGAUCCGGUGUGAGAAAAAGUUGUGAGAGAGCCGUCGAAAGGAUCCUCCAAAAUAGAUCCCUCCAUGAUCGAUGGUCUACAUCUGUCUGAGGUCAACUUGACUUUUUGUAAACAAGUAUCAUCGUGCAAAUAGCGCGGCGGAUCCUUCAAGAUAAAUCUUGACUUUUAGUGAAUACAGCAAGAUCCACGGAAAGUGUCGUGAAUUCGUCGUAUUCGUGUUAGACGAUCGACCUCGUACGAACAACUGGUAUACGCGCGUGUGUGCUCGACAACUCGCGAACCCGCCGCUCGCAACAGCCGGUCGAUCAGAUCGGCUCCGAUCGAGACACAUUCGUCCCGGUUUCUCUGCCGCGCCGAGGAAAAACACCGUGCCGGCCGCACAGCACUCGGUAUUUCGCUAGUGGUACUGGGUGACCCUGCAAGUUUUUUCAACCCCUCGGUGGUCAUCACAAGGUGUACACGACGGCGGUCACUACGUAUAUCACGCCGCUCAUCACCCCCGAGAAGAUGGUGACAAGGACAAAGAAGAUAUUCGUCGGGGGAUUAUCGGCGCCGACGACGCUGGAGGACGUCAAAAAUUACUUCGAACAAUUCGGUCCGAUCGAAGAUGCUAUGCUGAUGUUCGACAAGCAAACUAACAGGCAUAGAGGCUUUGGAUUUGUCACGUUUCAAAGCGAGGAUGUCGUCGACAAAGUCUGCGAGAUCCAUUUCCACGAAAUUAACAACAAAAUGGUCGAAUGCAAGAAGGCACAGCCAAAGGAAGUGAUGCUCCCAGCGAAUCUGGCGAAGACGCGAGCGGCCAGCAGAGGCGCAUACGAUUUUAUGUGGUCUCUGGGAGCAUUACCUGAUGGUUUCCCAGCGGCAGCGUACGCGGCAUACGCGGCGGGCCGCGGCUAUUCUGGGUACCCUAGUUUCGGAUUACCCUACCCGACAGGAGUGCCGGCGGUGUACUACCACGGAACAGGAAGUGAGAAUGCAGGCCGCGCGUAUACAGAGGCGCCGAUGCAACACGUCCAACGCAAUGCACUCCGGAAGAAAUUGGAUCUAACCAAUGGACAACUCACCCCAAACAACAACACGCCCUUACUUACACAAGCACUUUCUGUGAUGAACAACUACCAGGCGGCCGCAGCGCAGGCCGGAUUCCCGCCGGCGUCGCCGCACGGGGCCGGCGGCCACGGUGGGCCGCAGGGCCGGUCUUUCCCGGCGGCCAAUUCACCGGGCCCAAUUGACAUGUACAGCUCGAGCGCCGCCGCCGCAGCAGCAGCCGCAGCCGCGGAUUCCGCAGUCGCAAGCUACGUCCAGGCCGCAGCUAGCCCGCAGCCCCCCACGACCGCGUUCCCCGCGAUCGCCGUAUCCCGUGCCCCGCUCAACUACAGUCCCGGUCCUCUAAUACCAGCGGCGUUCACUAAUGGCUACCAUUGAGCCUUGUUAAGACCUAAUAACAGGAUGGACGAGACGGCAGAACGCAGCACGGUCGCCUGAUAUAAUAAGUAACAUGGAUGAUUUAAGGCAGCUAAACACAGUGGACGAUCUCUGGACGAAAAAAUAAUACUUACACGCCUACUGUAUAGAUACAAAGAUAUAAAUAACGAUCAAAAGUUGCAAUACAUUAAAAAAAACGAAUAAUGUUAAACAAAAGGCAACUAUCGAGUAAGAUCCAAUCGAUGCAACUUUAAAAUCCGGAUUGUAAAUAACCGGAUGUAAUAUUACGCGAAUGUGUAAUAAUGCAUUAAGAAAGAAUUUAGAGCAUUAGUCGAAUCCAGUUGGAUGCAACUAUAGAUAGAGAGAAGAAAAUUAAUCCUGUUGAUGAGUAAGCGAAAGAAACUGACGCAACGGGGAAGACGUCCAGAGAAGGCUAGAGGAAAAAGACGAGAAAAGCGACAGGAAGACCGACCGUCAGGCGGAAACAGGAAGAGGUAACAACGCGCGCUGCAAUAGGCUAGUUAUGGCCGAAACUGCGUAUUGACGCCAGCCCGUUCUCCGACAUUAAUAAAAGAAAUAAUAAUAUAAUAAUAAUAAAUUAAAUUAAUAUUAUUAAUUGCUAAAUAUUUAAGCGGUUAAGUCUAGAAUAUAUAUAAAUAGUAUAUAUAUAUAUAUAAAGAUAUAAAUAUAUAUAUACACACACACAUAUAUAUAUAUAAAUAUAUAAAUAAUUGAUAAUUAUUAUAGACGAUAACGCGUAUGACCUCUAGUAUUUAAGGCAGUUAAAGAGACGGAAGAGAUACCAACUCUCACGAAUAUUAUAAUUAUUAAUUAUUACAUGAUUACUGGCGAUUGCAAUUAUUAACGAGCGCCAUGCACCGCGCGUGCCCGCGUAUAUUAUAUAAUGAUAGGCACAUACGCGCGCGUUCACACCUGGGAAAGACUUUGUUUCUGGGCUUUCAAGUUUUAAUCGUAUGCGCGGAAAGGGUUGAUGGGUUUAAUGGCGGCCGAGAGAGGAACGAUGACGCGGAGAAGAGAGAAAAAGAGAAGAGGGAUAAAGGCUGAUGAAAAAGUAGAGCGGAUAAAUCAAGCGAUCCUUUUUGCUGCCCUUUCUCUACGUCUGCACAUGCAGAUUCAAGCUCCUUCUUCUCUCCCAACGUGCCUUUUCGCUGGCUAAAUGGCGGAACGGUGCUUCUCUCCUGUCCUGUCGCAGUCCUGCUUUCCCGGGUGCGCAACGAAAUAAUGCAGAAAGAUGUAGCGGCGGGCGAGCGAGGGAGUUACAUAGGCGUGUUACAUACUUAAUGUCACGCUGUUAGCAUUAUUUGUGGGAAGAGGGAAGACACGCAAAAGAGCUGCCGUCGAAUUUCGAGCCGAUGCACGAUGAGGCAAAUUCGAAACAAUGAGAUGCGCAACAUCGGAAGAUUUUAAGAAAAAUUAACACAGUAAUGGAUCAUUAGAAUUACAGAAUAGCGGAAGUUCUUUAACUGCACUUCGCCGACAAAUCCGCCAUUUAUGUCCUAAUAAAUAAACAUGUCUUAAGGCAUGCGUUUAUAAAAUGAUUACAAAUACUGUGGAUUUAUAAAUUUUAAAAGAAUACUAUGUUUCACACACAGUAAUUGAAAUAGUUUUCGCGAAAAGUUAUAACAUUUUUAUUAUAUUAGAUAUAUUUAAAUUAUACAUCAUGAUAAAAUCACUCAACGCGAUGGCAGUGUUCUUGCUUUUGUAACAAAAGGAAAAUCAGGGUGUAAAUGGCGAUUUAUGUUACUCUGUAAUUCUGAUUGAAACCGAACGCUCGUUUCAAAGUUCCACUUGAAGCUUCCGGAGGCGCCGGACAAUGACUGUUAUAUGACUCAAUCGGCCGCUGUAUAGCUUUAAAACCGAUUACAUGCAGUAACCCUUGUUAUAUACAUAUAUGUAUAUGUAUACGUGUAUAUACAUAUAUAUGUACAUAUAUGUAUAUAUACAUAUACAUAUAUGCACGUAUAUUACGCGUAUCAUACGCAAAUUACCGUAUAAUUAAUUUAAAAUAAUGCCGUAUAUGCAUGACCCUAUAGACGAGCCAAUGCGAUCAAAGAAAAAGAAGUACGAGAGUUUUUUUCAGCGGCAAACUACCGCGAUACAUUUUACACAAAGACACAUGCACACGCGUACACACGAAAGCUACGACACACCCUCCACAUCUCCGGCGUCUAAUCGUCUAAGGCUGAAUUACACCGAUAGUCUGGCUUAACUUAGCUCUGGUUGGCGUGUGAGUCUAGCGAUUCAUGGUUCUUCACUAGAUUAUAAUCCCACUUACAACACACAAACAAGCAAGGAAAAAUUUAGUUAACCAGCGUCAGUGAUAAACGUACAGGUGCAAACUUAAGAUUCAUACAGCGGGAGAUCAAACGAUCGGAAAAAGAUCAAGCUGAGAGAGGAAGGUAGUAUAUAAAAUAUAUAUACAUAGAAAUUAUCGCGUAAUCUUCGUCCGCGAUAUACGGAGCAUCGGUCGACGAUACGCUUCAAAUGUUAACUUAACGGGAGGACGAGGAGAUGUCGAAUGAGAAAGGGGAAAAAAGAGAGACAAAAACCUAAAGUUAUACGAGAGAAAGACCGAGCGUGAAAGGGAUAGGAAGAAAGACGAUAAGAGCGUGCGUGAGAGUGCGAAAGAGUUACCCUUUAGGAUUAAAAUGCGUGGCUGCUAAUAGCGGUUGCGAUUAGAUCUAGGGACUAAAAUGGGCUACCGAGGAAAGACAUAAACGUGAGAGUGAAUAUUAUAUUAUAAUCUAUAUAUCGCAAAUAUGGCUGGACAUCGGAUGUUGCGUCCCAUCGCGCUUCCAAUAAUAUUUCGGAUUUAGGAGAGGCCCAAGGUCCACUCGACAUAAAAGAGAAGUAGGCCCCUUUGGAGAUCCAAGCCUCAAUUGGACUACGUUAUACAAUGCAGAAAACAAAUGUCAACGCAUUCUAAAGUCAACGCUUUCCCGUGUUCAGCCUCACUUGUGUGCUCCUCUUUCUUUCGGAUAAUGUCAUUUAACUUUACAUUGUAUAACGCGAUCUAAUUGACGAAUCAGCGAAGAUUGGAUAGAUUCCAAUGGACUAUUGGUGAUUAGAGUUUAAGUUAACUUUGUCGUGACCUUAUGAUAUUGCGCAGAAAGACGAGAGGAAUUUCAAUUAGCGUGAGAAUAGAAAUAAUUAUCUUGAACGAUAUUCAGAGUAAUUGAUUUAGUGUUAUUUCUUUAAAUAACCGGAACCGAAACGGUUCAAUUCAAUGAAUGACCAUCAUUACCGAGUUAAUUAUCAACAUCCGUAAGCUAAUUUGUGUAUCAAGGUCCUCACUCAACUCUGAAUUAUUGAUUUAAUAUCACUGUCUAGAUUAAAAUCUUAGCCGUAUAAUGUAAACAAAUUUCAUGUUAAUCUUGAUUAAUGAUAAUUAUUGUUGAUACAAUUUCAAGUAAAGUUGAAAGACGACAUCGUGACGUCUAUUUUUAUCUAUUUAUAGACAUCACUUUAUCGUCUGACUGCUAUCUGGGACUACUUGAAUUUUUAUUAUGCAUGCACUUUUGUAAUGUAUUGUAGCGAACAAAAUGUCACUGAAUUUUAAAAACGAACUAGAUAACAAACAAAAUUGAAAAUAUAUUGAAAUCUUUUGAUUUUUAGAAUAAAAAUUGCACGCAUAAAAGAAGGUCUCGAGCCGUUAUUUUAGUACAAUGGCAGUACGUUUAAAAUACACAAUGCAGAAAUAUAAGAAAUUCAAUCGCAUUGGCAGAGGAUUUACGACAGGUUCCUCCCUUCUUUCUGUCGACAAGGGCCGCAUCGCCCUUAAUAAAUUAUGCGCGUAAUUUAUAUGACUAGGACAUUCGCGUUUCGUUGAUAUCGCAGAAUAAAUGGUUCCUUAUUACAUAUUAUCAUUACAAUAAUUGAAUUCACAAGAAAGAACGUCGAUGAAUUAUAAUUAUAUAAACGACGAAUAUACACGCGAUUAUUAUAAGCGUGCUGUUAUUAUUAUUGCAUUAAACAACAGGGUAAACAAAAAAAACGAGAGAGAAAACGAGAAAUCAUUUUAAAUUGGAUAUGUGCGUCACGUGGAACGACAGUCAUUUUAUUUCUUUCGGUGAACGCGUGCACGCAACGGAGAAAAGAGAGGAAUAUAAUAAUGCGUGCAAAACGAGUCAAUUCUUAAAGAACGUUAGCAAUACUUUUUCAUGACCACAAAGAGACGUACAGCGACAAGAUGGUGAUUAAAGUAUAUCGACGAGAAGUCACAGUAUUCUUAAGUUCCUAAAUUAUGCGCGCGACAUAAAACUCGGUUUGUUUGAAGGCACAAAAAGAAACAGUGCAUUGAGACUGGGAAAAGAGAGACGAAAUGGGCAAACUGCGAUCGCGUGUGUCACCAACGUUUUGUACAUCGCCCAUCUUCUUGUGAGUAAAACAGAAUGAUAGCUGUCCCGUUGUAGCCCAGAGAAUGAUGAAACGUGAAAGGGAAACGUGAUGUUUUCAAACAAAUGUUCAAAAUAAACGUAUUGCAUAAGAAGAUAUAAAAAGCGAUUGACCUUAUUUGGACACUCGCCUUUUUUAAUGAAAAAUAUAAGUGAAAUUUUCUUUGUUGGAAUAAUUAUUAUUUAAUAAAAACCAUUUUUUUUAUAAGCACGAAAGUUAAUGUAUAUUUAGAUUUUCAAAGUAAUGAGCAAAAUAUUAAAGUAGAUCCACAAUGUGUAAUUUUCUUACAAGAAUAGAAGAUUCAGAUCUUGAUUGCCAGAAAAAAAUAUCGGUGAACGCGUGCACUAUUACCGUAUAAGAAAAAGGCGGUUAUUAUAUUGUAAAAUUGUGAUAAUUUGUCACUGUAAUAUUAUUUUUCCAUUGACUGAUUUAAAACAGUAGAAACGGAGGAACAACUGAGAGCCAAUAAAUCCAUAUUUUAAAUUGAAUGCAAUACAUUCGUUACAUAAUAAAUGAAAUGUGUUCACAAGCGGAAUUUAUAAAGUGGAAUUUAAACAGUUUUUUAACGGCUAUUACGAUGAUAUAUUAUCUAAGUUAACAUAUACAAAUAAAUUGUACUAUAGGGAAAUUAUGUUAAAUUUGUUAACAAUCAAAUAUAUUUUCUCUAUUAAUAUAUAUUUUGGUUUCAUGUUCAAUUAUGAUUAGUAUUUAUUGAUCGCUACAUAUUUUCCCGAGAGCCGUAUCUAUUUAAUUGCCGUUAAAAAUUAUUUACUAAUUAUUAUACGAUUAAAUUGUGUAUAUAUGAUUAAUUAUAUGUACGUAAAUCUUGGACUCAUACUUAUUUUUUAAGAAAAGUUUGCCAACUCUCGCAGUCACAAAGUAUUCCCGUUAUUUAUAGCUUUAGCUAAGAAGAUGCAUACAUUCGCGUGUUGUCAUUCUCUUGUUCUCUUGUUCUACAUUUUAAUUUGCGAUUUCUUUUCACUGCGCUAUCGAAUGUUAAAUAUUAUAAAAUAAGAACCGAACCUGAACCGAAGCUGUUUUGUAGUGCGCUUGAUGUUUAUCAUACGCUUUAACAUAUAUUUUAUUUUUAUUUUAUUUUUAAAUGAAUUGGGGCAAAGAUGGAUUGCGGAGAUACGGCGCAGAGAUAUACCUUAUGCGAACAAUAAAAUUAUAAGAAAACAGAAUCACACGGGUGAGCUUCAUAAGGGAGGUGUAAAGAUUAA